AUGUCAAAUGGUUGCCUAGUGCAACUGUGUUAUGUAUUGCUUAUUUGUGUGGAUUAUUUACUGAAUAUUAUAUUUACAUUAUAUAAUUACUUGUUAAUAAUUCCGAAACUGUUGUUAAAACAUUUUGUUAAUGUAAAUAUGACAGAGUCAGCCAAGAAACGGAAGAGAAACACGGAUAACCAGACUGUAUCAACAAGAGGUGCAAUCAAUGUUAAUUGGCAGAAAUUGCUGUCUAGCAAACUAAUUAUGGACAACAAUACGGAAAAACCAGUGGAGACAGACAAAAACCACUACACUGGCACAUUCAGGCGGACUAGAAAGAAACAGACAAGACAAAUAAACAAUACGGUAGAAAAUAACCUCAAAAGUUUAAACUUAAGCGGAACGUAUAGUAAAGGGAAUGGUAGUGAUCAUAAAACGAACAUUCUAGAACAUAAUACAGUGAAUAAUAAGAUAGCACAAAAUGAUAACGAAUUUAGAAAAAAGAAAAAUAAUUUAACUAAAUUUUUAGCUAUGGAUUGUGAAAUGGUAGGGAUUGGGCAUGGCGGGAAUGACAAUAUGCUGGCCAGAGUGUCUCUAGUAAACAAGUUUGGUGAUUGCAUCUACGAUAAAUAUGUUAAAGCUCGCGAGGAAGUAACGGAUUAUCGUACGGACAUCAGUGGAGUCCGACGGGAGGAUUUACUCAAUGGCGAAGACUUUACGGUGGUACAGAAGGAGAUCUCAGAACUGAUCAGAGGACGGAUCCUGGUUGGUCAUUCGCUGAAGAAUGAUCUGGCUGUUCUCUUUUUAUCGCAUCCGAAACGGAGUAUUAGAGAUACGUCACGAUAUAAACCUUUCAGGAAGAUAACAAAAGGCAGUACACCAUCUCUGAAACGACUGGCUAAGGAGAUCCUCGGUAUAGAGAUACAGCAUGGUGAGCACAGCUCGGUCGAGGAUGCCCGAGCCACCAUGCAGCUGUACUGCACUGUUGCCAAGAAAUGGGAAGCCACGAUGAGCGAAAAACGAGGAUACGACAGGAGAAUUCUUGAAGAAUGACGUUGGGAAUGUUGGGGACGUAAGAAAUUGGGGAUAUUCAAAGUUGGGGACAUACAAAGUUGGGGAUGUACAAAGUUAGGGAUGUACAAAGUUGGGGAUGUACAAAGUUGGGGAUGUACAAAGUUGGGGAUGUACAAAGUUGGGGACGUACAAAGUUGGGGACGAACGAAAUUGGGGACUGCAUAAAUAAAUUAAUGAUUUGUUUGAACAUUACAUAGUAAAUUAGUAACAAUAUAUUUUCUUCUUAGUUUAUUUUUUUUUACUUUUAGUAUAUACUAGCUAAAAUAAUAUUAGAAAGAAACAAACAA